UAAUCCAGUUAAGGUUCUGUCAUCUCCAGCAUCAAGAAGAAUUGCUGAAGUCAAGCUUGGCAGUGGUUCAUUGUUUUCUGGCAUUUGCAGAGUUUUGACAAGACUCAAGAACUUUUUCAGCAUUGCAUUCUUUGCUCUGGGGUCCUUUUAUGGUCUGCAAUUUUUAUAUAAGCAUUACUUGGAGCCUUGGUUAACUGGUCAAGAUCGUAAGGAAAGUGUGGAGCUAGAGCUUGUCAGACAGCAUAAAGUGCUGGCUGACAACCUUGCUCGUCUGCAGUCAACUGUGGUGACUUUGAGCCAGUCGGUAGCUACGUGCAUGGAUGCUGUUCAGAAGGCACAGCCCAAAAAUCUACAAGCCCUCGCCCAGUCUGUGGAUCAAAUUGAAAAAGAUCUCAGCUCCAUCCGCUCCAUGGUACUCAACAGAGGAAACUUCACAGCUCCUCCACCUGUUGCUUUCAAGAUUCCCGAAUGGCAAAAAAAAUCUGGCUCAAUUUUGAAUGGAAUUUCCUCUUCAAACGAUGUUUAUACUCCCUCUGUUGUUUCGAAUUCUAAUGUAGUCUUGGAGAACAGCACAGUUUCCAUUGAUAGCACUGUUCCUCAGUCGCCAUUAGAACUCGAAUUGAAAGCUGUCGAUACAAUAUCUCCAGUUUCUCAGAGCGACAUAUCCGACUGUUCAGCUGAAGUCACAUGUGCAGCAAGUUGCAACAGCUCGCCCUUGAUAGUAACAGAAAAUGAAACACAGAAAACUAAAACCUGCAGUUCGGUGCCAAGUUGUGAAAAUUCAAUUCUUCUACCUGACAUAGAGAACUCCUCGCUGCCUGGGUUACUUACAAGUGCUGAUGAGUCGUCCGAUGGUAGUUGAACAUCCAUUACUCUAGAGACGGGUUUAGUUAGUUGGAGGUUAAAGUACAACAGUUAUCAGUCUUUUUUCUGAUGGAGAAAAUCAGUCUUUUCUCUCAAUUUCUUUGUUUAUUGAAAGCAGUUCCAACAAAGCCUCUUUUUCUUUUUACUUUUUUUAUUUUGAUAUGCCAAUAUUUCCCAUGAAAGUAGCCUCCUCCCCUUAUCUGCCUAAUGCAUUUUUAUUAUGAUACAUUUAUAAAUGUUUUUCAUUGCAUUUUUCUGUUCAGUGUUGUUACGCUAUCCUGAAAUGUCAAGCAUUUUUAGGUUUUAUUAACUAGGAUAAAGUAUUAUUUCUCCUUUCCGUUUAUUUGACAAUAGAACUUCUACCACUAUUAAUAUCACUUUCAUUUGUCACUUCAUAUCAGUAAUUGGGUUGAACAGGAAAAUUCCUCAUGAUGUUGUAGUCUAUCUUUUAUUUUAUUUGUAUUUAUUGAGUGACCAAAGUCAAUCGUGUGUUAGAAGAUCAGGAGUUGUCAUUCCCUACACUAUUCUGUUUGUGGUGACAACUGUAAAAUUUCGUUCACAAUUUCACUAAUGAAGAGCGAUAAUGUAACUAUUAAGAUACCCUUAACUAUUUUGGUCGCGCUUUGAUAAUCUAAUAGAGUUCGUUAUCAUAAAUUCCAGUAAAUUUCUUAUUCUUAGAAUAAUCUCUUUCGUUGUUUGUUUCAUUCGUAGCUUAUGGCAUACUAGUCUAUUUUUCAGUUUUCCUCUGUCAAUGCAACGAUUUGCGUUUGAAGAAAAUUUAAUUGAAUUUGUUAGAUAUUAUUUAAUUUAUAUUCUAUGAUAUAAGUGGCAACUGGAACGUUUUUUAUGACAGGUGCAUGCUGUGAGGACGUAGUUUCGUGACAAUUUUAAUGCUUUUGUGUUGGUUUUUGGGCGAUUGGAGAGUUUAAUCCGCAUGUAACCGAGGAAAUGAUAUAUUGUGUUCUGUUGAAACGUAUUAUUGCUUAGAAUAUUGUAAAGCAGUUGUAUAUCCUUCUUGGUACGUAGGGUCUCGCCAUAUAUCUGUAUACCUGAAGUUCUGAAAUUGGUGCAUAGAAAUGAAUACAUCUUUACUGAU